CGCAUCCGGUCCGGCGAUGGUUGCGGGCGCGAUCUCCGCCGGCCGGCGAGCGGCGCGGGCGUCCGCGGCGGCGCUGUGGUCCUGGCGGAAGCAGUGGUUGCUUCUGCACAUCCAGUUCCUGCCGCCCAUGCUCGCCGUCGCCGGCCGCGCGCUGGAGCUCGGCAGCGCGCUCCCCGCCGCGGCCCUGCGCGCCGAGCUGGUUUGCGGCGCCGGCCCGGUCCUCCUCCCCGCCUGACUUUCCGCGCCGGCGUGAUGGGUAAAUAUCACACCUAAUGAGCUAUUGGGUGUUGAAAUUUGUUGUGGCUUCGAACAGAUGGAGCUUCGGUGCCCUAGAUGUCGCGCUCUCUACGCUCGUAGUAUUUUUUUUCCAGGUUGUAUCGAGAUCUCCUGCCAAGCUGCUAUGGGUAUUGGGGAUGAAAUGCCACACUCGGCUAGCGACUGGGGCACUUUCCUCAAUUAAUGACUAUGAUUUGAUCUAACUAUUGACUAGUCACCAUUCUAAAAACAACUAUUGAGCAGUCCAGGUCUCAGUGCCGAGUGCCAGAGUGUGGCAUGUGAUCAGUAACAUCGUUGCUGACUCUGUGCUUGUUUACCCUCUGCUUGUUAAUACAAAAAAUUCCGGCAAAAAGAAUUUCAUGCUCUCUUACAGUGCUAGGUGCUAAUACACAUUGAACUUACCCAUUCUUGCUGCAAUGAACCAAUGAAUAGCUUCCUUUGAUAAAGGUUAAUGUAUGUUAGCUUCCUUUGAUUAGGUUAAUGCAUGUUAUGUCUGAUUAUAGUUAUAGCAAAGCUAUUUUGUCUCACUGUUCUUAGUCAAGUAUAUUCUGGAAGAACUGUUAUAGUCAAUGCCUCACAGUGCCUUUGUAGAAUCAUGCUAUCUAGAUAGCAGCCAUCUAAUGAUUUCGAUGUGUCAAAAACGAUUGUUUCUUCAUGGCCUGAAUGGCCAGCAUGCCGGGGAACCUGAUCUGGGAAACUAGAGCUUCACCAAGGGUCAGGUUCUUCGUAUGGCUGGCUACGAGAGGUAGAUUCCUCACAGCCGAUAACCUCAGCAGGAGAGGUUGGCCCAACCAGCAGCUCUGUCCACUCAGCACAUCGGAAGAAGAGACUUGCCGCCAUCUCUUCUCGGAUUGCGUUUUCGCUCGACAAGUUUGGGUAGCGAUCAAGGGUUGGAUUCAAGUGGAUUGCCCGCUACAAGAUCAGUCGCACGAAGACCUAACUUGGGCAAUCUGGAAGGAGCGGAAUGGCAAAAUCUUCAAUCAGAAACUGAGCACAACAGCCCAGAUUUACAAUGGCAUUCGAGCUGAGGUCAUAAUCUGGAAAGAAGUGGGCAUAUUUAAUGAUGGAGAAGGCUGAGGGAGGGCCAUAGAGGAACCCUCUCCCCACUCUGUUCUUCUUUCUUGUUUUCUUUUCCUUUGGACAUGGUUACUGGCUAAAGCCUCGGCAGCAUCUUGUCGUUGUACUGCACCCCCUUUCACCUGUACAUUCCCCCUUCGGUCUUAAUGAAUUUCGGUUGGUUGCUUUCGGCCAACCCGGCAAAAAAUUUCACAACAGUUUACCAUGGAGACCUUCCUUUCUGCAGUUCUUGGUAAUCUUGUCAGCAGUUCCAUGUCCUUGUUGAUAGAUACUACUGGAAGCACCAGGGUGUGGAGGAGAAUCUGCAAUUGCUGUACCACGUGCUGCUGUUGAUCCAAACCACCUUUGAGGAGGCCUAGGAGGCACAUCACAAACCAAGUGAUGAUACUACAACUUCAGAUGAGAAAUGCGACGAUGUACAAGGCUACUACAUGUUUGAUAGUUUCAACUUUCAAGUACCAAAUUACCCCAGAAAAAUCUCAAGGUGAGUUGUGAUCACUUGUACCCCUUGAUCCAAUUUGGGCCAGCAAAGUGGUUUUGUUUAUCUACUAGAACAAGGGAAAUAGUAUUGGAAGGGGAAGAGAUAAAAGAGCUGCGAAAGAUGGUUGGUACCUCGAAAAACAUUGUUGCAGACAUGAAAGAGUUUGUUAGGUUUCUCAUAGUUACCCUCGUAUGUUUGGCCAACCUUAUUGCAGUCAUUUAUUGUUGGAAAACUACAUGGUUGGUUGUCAAGCUGCACAGGAGAGGGUCAUUAACUUCUUAUUGAGCAUGUCUGCUAUGGUGAAAGGGCGUGUAAGCACUUCUCCUCAAUCAUUGUAUGUAGGGGAAAUGGUUUCAAGGGUAGAAAUUUGGUACCUGCAGAAACCAGUGUAAUCAAUUAUCAAAAUCUUACCUCAGGCAAACAGUCACUAGCUAUCAUUGAACUUGUAUAUGAUAUGGAUGAUGGAACGUAGAGAAGAAUACCGCACAACCUGAGGUUAUGCUGCAUAGUGCCUGUGAGUAAGAUCGUAAUAAUCAGUCGGUCAGAGAAGAUAGCAUCUUUUGGAAAUUGGAACAACAGAAACUCUUCAGCUAAAUUUUCGGACCCAAGAAGCUUCUUGGUAUUUCUUUAAGACUGUUGCAUUUGGGAGCACAAAUUCAGAAGAGCAUCCAUGUGUAUGGAGAUUGCCUCCCUGUUAAGCCAAUCAUCCAUCGCAGCAAAUGCCAUUGAACAUUGGUGGUGUACUCAGAUCUAAUUUUAAUCCUCAGUUCAGGUGUGCUGCUCGACAUGAUGAUCUUCCCAAGAUAACAUCAAGUGAUAUUCUUAAGGAAGUCUGAAACCUCAAAGAAAAUUGAUGCCCUACUGUGGCAGUCGGGCAACCUCAUUAUGGGCACAUUGCGAGAUACUUGCACAGUCGCCAUAUAUGGUGCCUAAGAGGAAGCAUUUCCCAGCAUCGGAUGGUUACUUUGAUCUGAAAUUAUGUUGAUAUUGUCAAACUUGUGUCGAAAAAUAUUGUCAUGAUCCAGCAGGUUGGACCCAUCCAUGCGGUUCACUAUGUAGAAUUCUGGUGUGGUCUAUAUAUUGCUGACUUUACAAUCUUUGUAACCCUUCACUGGGAUCCUAAAUUCAGAUUCAAAAUUCAGAAAAGAAAAAUCAGCACCAAAGGUUUGCUAGGCAGAGUCUUGCUUCUCUGCCAAUCUUUUAUUCCAAGAGUCAAAGUAAAACAUUGAACAACACAAUCUAUUCUUCAAGCAAAUCAUCAGUAGCAAGCAAGAUAACGUCUGCUAAUUCAAAGGUCCAACAUGUGCGCGGAAAAUCACCGCCUCUGACGAGGCUUUCGUUGGCCACUGAUCGACGACCGAUUGUGCAGUCAAAAGACCGAUGAAAGUCCGGAGCCAACAAGCGGUCGCUGUCAAUGAACGACCUAGAAAGCAGCGGCCUUGCAAUGCCAUAAUUCAACAAAAAAAAACACGACAACCCCUUGCGUAAGUCGGAUGCCCGAUUGAUUUCAUUGUUUUCAGUCACAACACCUCACUGUGUCACCACCAUGGACACCUUUUCUGCUGUUCUUGGUGAUCUUCUCAGCAGGUGCAUCUCCUUCGCCAUUGACAGAUGCCACCAGCAGCACCAGGGCGUGGAGGAGGAGGGGAACCUCCAGCGGCUGCGCCGCGUGCUGCUGCGGAUCCAAGCCGUCGUCGAGGAGGCCGACGGGAGGUGCAUCACGAACAGAGUGAUGCUGCAGCAGCUUAGCACGCUGAGGGACGCGAUGUACAGAGGGUGCUACUUCCUCGACAACUCCAGGUGCCGAACUAUUCAAGCGCAUGCUACCUACGAGGUGGGUGAUCACUCUCCUGGCCUGUCCCCUUUCAGCCCAUUGAAGCGUCUCUGUAUCUCCACUGGAGCAUGGAAAAUUCUGCCCAGAGCCGUGGAGAAGAAUGAGCUGCAGAGGAUGCUCGAUCACCUGGAAACCGUAGUUUCAGACAUGCAGGAGUUUGUUGUGUUUGUGAGCAGCUACCCUCGUGUGCCUCGCCAGCCCUACUGCAGCUACUUGUUGCUGGAAAACUGCAUGUUUGGCCGCCAGGCAGAGCAGGAGAGGGUCAUCAAGUUCUUGCUGGAGCCACGUCCUCCUGGUGCUGCUAAAGGCAUCGAUGUGCUUCCAAUAAUCGGACCAGGCGGAGUUGGGAAGAGCACUCUUGUUGAGCAUGUCUGCUUCGAUGAAAGGGUGCGUAGAUGCUUCUCUACAAUUGUUUACUAUGGCCCAGACAGUAUUAGGGGUGGAAGUCUGACGGUUUUGGCAGACACCGGCAUGAUCAAACAUCGAAAUCCUGUCACGACGGAACAAUCGCUAGUUAUCAUCGAACCUGGGAAUGAUAUGGAUGAUGAAACAUGGAGGGGGAUAUUGCACAGCCUGAGAGAUGGCCACAUAACUACUGUGAGUAAGAUCAUAAUAACAAGUCGAUCAAAAGAGAUGGCAACUUUUGGAACAACAGAAGCGCUUCAAUUGGAUUUCCUCACGAAAGAAGCCUUUUGGUAUUUCUUCAAGACAAUAGUAUUUGGGAGUACAAAUCCUGAAGAGGAGCCGAAGCUAGCAUCCAUAUGUAUGGAGCUUGCAACCAUGGUGGAUGGAUCGUUCAUGGGUGCACACAUCUUUGGUGACAUACUCAGGUCUAAUUUUAGUGCUCAAUUCUGGUACAGGUUUCUUAAAUGCUACAAAUUUUACACAGAUAUGCAUGUCCGUCAGGUAGGUGAACACCCAAGCGAAGUAUAUAGGGGAAUAAGCGGACGCACGAGCAUUUGGACAUCUAAAAAUCGGUUUGUCACCACAGCAACAUAUGCGGUGACAUAUAGGCUUUAUGAAGCAAGUUCUGCGAAUCUGGAUGAUCAAUCCAUCGUACCGGUAAACGAUGUUUUUAUUGGAAAUUUUCAGAUUCAGGGGAAAAUUGAUGUCCUGCUAUGGCGAUCAAAGAUACCACCUUACUACAGCUACAUUGCGCAUUACGAGGUACUUGCACGACAGCCGCAGAUGCUGCCUAACAAAAGAAAGCGAUCCAGGCCGCUGGCAGAAGGGUUAGUUUGAUCUGGAAUUAUUUUAUGUCACUCUAGAGUUGGUUCGUAACAGCAACUGAUAGUUCCGUGAAUAUGCUGAUUCAGUUCUUAGCUAGUUAUUUUAACAUGCAUUUUGCUCCCUUGUUUUCCCCUUUCUACAGUGUAAACUACACUAUUAGUCGUGUACAUCUCUUUUCAUGGAUGUAAUAUUAUCUUCUGUUAUCCGAUCCUCUCGACCUAUAUGUUCUUUUCCUACAUUGGGAUAUACUAUAUCAUUGUAUAAUAAAUAGAAUGGUACU